UUAUAUUGGAUUAUUUUCUAUUUGCUGACAAUAAAAAAUCACAGGUAACGUACAUGUUUCUUAUUGGGAAAACUGAAAGAACCAGGUAGAAGAUAUCGGAAAUAGGAAAUAUUUCAAGAAACAUAUUUAGUUGUACAUGUGUGUGUGGCGGACUUAGAUCGCAGACUUUAGGCAGAAAAAAAUGACAGCCAGUGGCCCUGCAGAAAUUGGAAGAAACCCUGCAUUUGUUUGGAUAAUGUUGACGUUUUGCUUGAUAGCGGUGCUCCUGAACAUUUUUGUGAUUUUUGUUGUGGUAAAAUUCGGGCGUUACAGAGCGUCUAUUGACAUAUUUCUGACUAACCUGGCGGCCAGUGAUAUCAUACAUGCGGGAAUCGUAAUCCCUGUGCAUUUCAAAAAUGUUACAGCUGACAGUCAGGAUUUUUACGGAGGAAAUUUUGUUUGCAAGGUGAUCAUGUUUCUACCGUUGCUUAGCGUUAUGGGGGCUAUUUUUACGAUCGUCGCCAUAGCAAUCGACCGUUACAGAGUAAUAGUUACCCAGAAACAGCUGUACCGUCAAGGAGCACUCACCGCCAUUAUUGUCAUUUGGAUUGGCUCGGUUUUCGUCUCAGCUCCGCAGAUUUACGAGUACAACGUGUACAACGAUAGGAGCGAGUAUAAUUCAAACAUCACAUACAAAUCCUGUGGUUCUGAAGGCAUUGUUGAACAUUUUGAGACAAUCUACGCCAGUUUGGUAUUCGUCUUCGCUUUCCUGGUUCCGUUGUUUAUUUUGGUCGUCUGCUACACGCAAAUCAUGUUAUACGUCUGGAGACACGGUAGACGAUUCAGGGCCACGUGCAUGCGAUCAUCUGGCAACAGGCCAAACGAAGAGAGGAGAGCCAACAAAAUGUUGACAACAAGGAUGGUUAGGCUUGUAAAAAUGCUGAUAUGGAUAACAGUCACUUUUGUGGCUCUUUGGACUCCGUACUUCAUCAUUUUUGCGAUGACGGAGGUCAUGGGUAUGGACGAUACUUCAAAUUUCUCAGAGUGGCCGCACGUGGUCAGCCGAGCGAUGACACUUCUAAGUACAAUAUCGAAUCCAGUGUUCUUUCUAGCGUUCAGCGAAAAUUUCAAGGAGGCCUUUGUAAACACGUUUUGUCAUUCUCUUCGUGGCCAAGGUAACGGACGCCGAUCAUUUUUCAGAAGCAGCAAAAUUGUCCCUGCAACGUCACGCGAAAAACGUGACGUAUGUGACGGGGUCAUGGAGAUGAAAUCCACUUCUUUGAAAGUGUUUUCUAUGACGUCAGAGCCGGCAGAUAUGGAAAAUAACUGUUAA